GGGGAUUUCACGAGAGCAAGAGAGAGGGAAGCUGCCGGGUGUAUUAUUUUUUGGCGGUUUGAAUCAGUUGCACGCGGCGGCAGUGGCGAUUAAACAUACGCGAAGUAAGGUGGCGCGCUUGCGUUCUUACUCGUGCAACAGCAACACGAGUGUGUAUUAAAAUACAAUAGAGUAAGAGUAAGAGUAAGAGUACAAUUAAAAUAGUAAACUAACAAAUAAAAUAUUCCAUAAGCUUAUCAAUGAUAAAUAAAAUAAAAGGGUCAUUAAUUAAAAUAAUAAUUAUUAAAAACAGUUAAUAACUUGCGUGCGAUAAUCAACAAUAAUAAAUAAAAGUUUAUUUUAUAAACUAGUGAGAUAAAAUAGCGUAGCUAUAGGGAUGGAGAUGCAUACGCCGCAACGGGACACACGUUCAUCAGCCGACGCGAUGAUGCCGAGAAGCCCCUCGAUGUGCGAUACGAUGUUUUACCCCUGGAAUUGGGGCGAGGAAGCGAGAAAUGUUAACCUCAGUCCAGGAAGUUCGUGUUCCUCCCCCGAGUAUCGGGAUCAUCAUCAUCACCACGGCGGUGUCGGCGGAUCCAUAAAAGCCGGCGUCGCACCUGGCAAUAGAUCUGCCAGUGAAAGUCAUCGUCGAGGCAGACCUCGUGCCGAUGCUCUGACGAAUCUGAUGAUGCAGGGCAGCACGUCGCCAAGCAGCAUCAAGUGUACCUUCUGCAACCGGGUCUUUCCGCGUGAGAAAAGUCUCCAGGCUCAUCUGCGCACUCAUACUGGGGAGAGACCGUACCCGUGUGAUUAUCCGGGAUGUACGAAAGCAUUUACGCAGUCAGGGCAACUAAAAACGCACCAACGAUUACACACUGGGGAAAAACCUUUUUUAUGCACGGGGCCUGGAUGUGAGAUGAGAUUCACGCAUGCAAAUCGUCACUGUCCGGACCAUCCGUAUGCGACACUGACGCGUUCUGACGAUUUUGUACUGAAACCUGUAUCCGGUAACACGGAACUGCCGCAUGACGUUACGAGGUGGCUGGAGAGAUACAAAAUGGCUCGGGAUCGAGAAGACCGAACGCCUACGGGGAAAGAUCGCAAAAAGAAAUCGUGGAAGAGUUGCUCUGAUUACAAAAGAUUGAAGUCAAGGAAGGGGCUGAUGAUGGACGCGGGCGAGCAGGAAAACAGAGACUGCAAGUCACCGAAUCAGAGGAUUUACUGCAGUGAGAGUCAGGACAGCCAGGAAGAGAGUCAGGAUGAUGAGGCUGCUGAAAUCUGUGUUCUUAAUCACUCGGAAGACGAAGAGUCCGCGACUACCACCGCGACAAAACUGUCAGUCACUCCGGUGCGCCCGAUGUUCGAUAGACUGCAGCCGAAGAAACGGUGGCUGCGUGAAGCUUGCCGUGAACAGCUCGCGAGACCUCUAGAGUGGGACUCACAGCCCAAGAAAUUAAUUGUCGACGAAAGUGAAACGCGAAUUGAAACAACUCCACCAGCUCCCGCGAGAAAUGUCUCUUGCAUCCGUAAUUUGAGCGAAGAGGUGGCUUUUCAUUCUCUUGCGCCUGAUAAAAAUUGUGAUGAUGAACUUGCCAAUGAGAAAGCUUCCUUCGAGAGACCUCCAUGGCAAUCGAUGUCACCCAAAGCUAGAUCAGACAGAGUUGGGAUAAAUGUAGCCAAGGAACUGGUGUUCGACGAGACUCAGGAGCCUCAAAAUCACUGGAACCAUCACUCAUCUGUCCAACCUAUUAAUAGUAACCAAGUGCCAUUGUCCAAUGAGCUCUGCUGCAGCAGCUUAGCUGAUGAUUUAUCAGACAAAAAUAAUUUAAACGCAACAGAUUUAUCGUGGAGCCGUGAUACCAGUCGUGAUCUUCAAUGUAGUUUAGCAGACAAUAAUUUAAAUGAUAUUAAUUUAAGUGCUACUGAUUUAUCCUGGAGUAGUAGGGAUACCAGCCGUGAUCUUCAAUGUAGUUUAGCUGAUAACAAUAAUUUAAUUAACAUUAAUGAUAAUCAAAGUGCUACCGAUUUAUCACUGUCAUGGAGCAGAGAUACUUUGCGUGAUAAUUCUCAGGGUUACGAUCAACUGUCUCGUUUGCCUCAGCCAAUCAGACCCGAUGACGAUCUCACCAAAACCACUAGAUCGGACAACGGAACCAGACCAACUGUGUUGAUGCUCGCUGGCAGUUUUUCUCAUCAAGAUUCUCGCGGUAUCGUUCAAAGAGCCAACUAUAAUAAUAAUAUUAAUAAUAUUGGGGUUGAAAAACUGCCAGCAACGCAAAACGAUGGAGUUACUAAAGCACCUGAAGACAAUAAAAAGUGGAUGGGCGCUCUUGCGCUUAUGGAACUCGCCAAAACUCAAGCAGAAGCUGCCAGGGCAAAAGCCAUCGGGUCUAUUGACACUAGAGAAUUGAUGGCAGUACACUCUGACUUUAAGUAUACUCAACUUUAGACUGUGAUUUACGUAACUAAGCUCAUUAUUUGAUACAUUGAUAAGCAAGGUUGAUAUAUAUGUUAUUAUUAUUAUAAAUAUUAUAUAUAUAUAUUUUUUUCAUUCAUUGUCUUGUUACUCGUGUUUAAAUUUAUGUUACUUCCAAAGAGUGAUUGAUUAUUUUCUUAGUUACAACUCGUGGAUUAAUUAUUUAAUUAUUUUUGUACAUAUUAAUUAGUAAUUAGUAACAAAUAAUGUUUUCUCAUGUUGAUCAUUUUUUAACAUUGAUUAAUUAAACCGCGUUGUUAAUUACUAGAAAACUUAUUUUUCUAUGCCCUUUUGGCUUUAGUCAAUGGUGUGAAUGUAGCAGACAUCAGACAAAUUUUUAAUCAUUAAUAA